AUACCCUUCUAACUUCUAAGCAAGAACAACUCACUUUAAGCUUAAGCAACAAAAAUUAAGGGAACAUAAUGGAGUCUCAUCACCAUCCUCACCAACCCAAAAAUUGGAAAAACUUAAGUGGCCAAAACAAUUGGGAAGGUCUCUUAGACCCUCUUGAUAUCAAUCUACGUCGAAGCAUCAUUCGCUAUGGCGAAAUGGCGCAAGCAAGCUACGACACAUUUAACAGCACAAACAUCUCAAAAUAUGCAGGAAGUAGUCGUUACACUAAGAAGGAUUUCUUCACAAAAGUUGGUCUUGCAAUGGGAAAGCCUUACAAAUAUCGCGUUACAAAGUUUUUGUACGCAACUUCAGGCAUAGAUUUGCCUACUGCAUUUAUGUUUAAGUCCCUUUCUAGGGAAGCAUGGAGCAAGGAGUCUAAUUUUAUAGGCUAUGUAGCGGUGGCGGAAGACGAGUCGGUGGCGGCGUUAGGGCGGAGGGACAUUGUUAUUUCUUGGAGAGGGACUAUACAGUCGUUGGAGUGGGUUAAUGACUUGCAGUUUCUUCAAGUUUCAGCUUCGAGUAUUGUUGGUAAGAGUGAUGGAAAUGAUGAUCCUAAGGUUCACCAAGGAUGGUAUUCUGUUUAUACUUCGGAUGAUCCUAAAUCACCAUUCAACAAGACUAGUGCUAGAUAUCAGGUUCUUCAGGAGAUCGAAAACCUAGUAGAACAAUACAAAGAUGAAGAGAUCAGCAUAACAAUAACAGGCCACAGUUUGGGUGCAGCACUAGCUACAUUGAAUGCCAUUGAUAUAGUUGUCAACAACAAAAACAAACCCAAAGAUAAUCCACAAAAACAAUAUUUGGUAACAGCAAUAAUAUUUGCAAGCCCUAGAGUAGGAGACUCAAACUUCAAAAAGAUUUUCUCAAAGUAUGACAACCUUAAACUCUUAAGGGUCCAUAACACCUUAGACAUCGUCCCAAACUAUCCGUUGCUCGGCUAUUCUGACGUCGGCCAAGAGUUGUUGAUCGACACGACGAAGUCUCCUUACUUGAAGGUCCCUGGAACAUUCUCAAAUUGGCAUAAUAUGGAGGCGUAUUUGCAUGGAGUUGCAGGAACACAAGGUAGCAAAAACGGAUUUAAAUUGGUAGUUGAUCGUGAUAUUGCACUAGUAAAUAAGUCGAUGGAUAAUUUGAAAGAUGAAUAUCUUAUACCUGUUGCUUGGUGGAGUUUGAAGAAUAAAGGAAUGGUUCAACAGUCUGAUGGUUCUUGGCUAUUAAUGGAUAAUGAAAUGAGUGAUGAUGAUAAGGACUUUGACCUUUUCAUAUAAUGAAAAUGGCUCUAUUUUAGAUAUUAUUAUUGAAACACACACAUAAAAACACACUUUGAUUGUUUUAAUUAUAAUUUGCUCAUGUUGUUGCAUUGAAUUUUAGUUUUUGGGGUUUCUAUUGGUUCCAUAUUAUUGUUUGGGGUUAUAUGAUUGUUGUGACUCUUUUUUUUUUUUUUUUGAAUAAUGGAACUAGAUAAACUUAAAUAAUGUUAUUACAAUCCGAGAUGUAAGCACUCAUGCAAAAACUAGGAGGGUGGGGCAAACAAUUAGUUACAUUCAUGCAAACAUCUAAUCUACGCGCUUCUUUAGCUAGUAAAUCUGCCGUCUUGUUAUGCCUUCUUGGGAUAUGCCUAAUCUCCACUUCUUGGAUUCUUCGGAAAAGCUCCCUGCACUCAUUUAUAAUAUUGGUAAACAUGUUAAGAUCUUCCCCCUCCUUUGUGAGGAGUUGGGUGGCAUACAAGCAAUCCGAAUAUACAAUACAUUUGU